CCGUUCCCAUAAUCCGAGCAGGUGCGCGCUAUGUUAUUGUCGCCGCCAUUUUGAUUGGCAAAGGUCAUCGUCGGUCAGAUUAAGUAAGUUGUCAAAAAUUCACGCAAAAUACUUAUAAGAUAAAGAUCGAUCUUAGUAGAAAUCGAAAAUAUGGGUGAUAAGCAACAAAAGAAGAGGUAUAUUGAUUGUCUGGAUGGCGUAUCGAGACGUAGAUAUGAUCAAAAACUUGAAUUGAUCGGAGGUCAAGAUCCGUACGAUUUACGCAAAGAAGACCUGUCUUCGGAUGUGAAAUGCCUCCCGGGUGUAACAUAUAUUGACAUUGUAAAUUAUUUAAUAAACACGAAGAGUGCAUAUACGUUUGAAGAACUAAAAGCAUACAAAUCAUUGGAAGCUGUUAACCAACACUGUUGCGGAUGGGUUCGAGAUGUACAGAGCAUGUCAGUUGGUGACAACGUAUUAGUCAUAGCAAAGGUUCUUCACUCACAGAGAUUGAAUGCACCCCCACUCCGACCAUGGAUUAUCGCCAACAAAGAUGGAAUUAUCAACGCUGCGCACUGUGAUUGUGUAGCAGGUCUAGGUGAGACAUGUACCCAUGUGGGUGCACUUUUGUUUCACUUGGAAUCUUCGUACAGAGUGAACAUGAGAAGAACUGUAACCGAAGAUAAGGCAUAUUGGCCACUGCCAGCAGCUGUUGACAAAGUGCCGUACAGCCAGAUACGUGAUAUUGACUUUACAUCAGUGGCUACCAAGAAGAGGAAACUUGACUGUGCAGUCCAAGGGGAGGAAGUGGAGGUUAGGGGUACAGUAAAGCUGCCAGAGAUCCCUGCACCAACCAAAGAGGAAAAAGAAUUUUCACUCCAGCAACUUCAUAGCGCAGGGUCACGUGCAUCUGUACUGGCAGUUACAAGGACUUAUCAAGAACAAUAUAUCCCCCAAAUACUCAGAGAUGGGCAGCUCCCUGAUCCAUUAAUUAAUUUGAAAGAUGAACAAUAUAUUAAAAUGGACGCAUUAGAACUGCGUGAGAAAUGUGCUGAGAUUUUUGAAUCAAUAAAUGUUACAGACCAACAAGCCAAAAAUGUUGAAAUCUUAACAAAAGAGCAGAGCAAAUCCAAAGAGUGGCAUCGACUUCGUAUGGGAAGAAUAACUGCCUCAAAUAUGAAAGCAGUAUGUGCUGGAGAUGUUGAAAACCCAGCCAUAUCAACAGUACAUGCAGUAUGUGGAGUUAAUAAAUUCAAAAACAAUGCCACAGUGUAUGGAUGUAAACAUGAAAAAGAUGCCCUGAAGUAA